CUCCUCUUCUGAUGAGGGUGAAGGAUGAGGGAGGGGUCCCAGCUCCUGGCACUUUCUCCCCUCACCCCAUAGUGCCAUCAGAACAGCUCUGGGCUGUGACAUCACAGAGCCCCCACCUCAUGAUAGGAGUCAUGAGGCUAAGGCCACAGCUGCUGGUGUGGGUGUGGCUGGCUGUGCUGGGGGCCAUCGAAACUGCACCCAGACCCAAGCGUGCCAGGGCGUCGGCCCUAAGGACAAAGUCUCCAAGCUUCUUAGACAGACCUGACUUCUUCGAUUAUCCAGACUCGGACAAAGCCAGGCUCCUGGCUGUGGCCCAGUUUAUUGGAGAGAAACCCGUCAUGUUCAUUAACUCAGGUUCCAGCCCCGGACUCUUCCAUCACAUCCUGGUGGGCUUCCUGGUGGUGGUGUUCUUCUUCCUCCUUUUCCAGUUCUGCACCCACAUAAACUUCCAGAAAGGGGCCUAAAGAGCCAGACAAGGGCGCUGGACUCAACCUGAACGCCCAAACGCAUCUCCUCUCCUGUCGAUGAGUAAAAGUCCCGGCUUUCCUCCUCCCUGACUGCCCAGCGAGCAGCGAGGGGUCCUGCCCUCUCUGUGUUUCCCAUAGCCCAAGCCCCUCACCUCCUCCCUUCCCAGCCCCAAAGAACAUGGUGACGAGGGCCUUGGUGGCGUUCACGUUCACGCAGAUCGUCUUUUAUUAGCGGUCUGUAAAGCACCUCCCAGGGUCCCCCGACCCCAGAUUGGAGGAAGCCUUGAGAGGUCAGUAGCACCAGGGACAUGCCAGGGCCCGAGGGCGCAAUGUGCAGCUGAUGGUGAGGGACGGGGCGCCCCUCGCCUGCCCCCGGGGUUGUCAGCACUGGGAAGGCUUGCGGGUAGCAGCUACCUUCCAACCCCAACCCAACAGACUAGUUCAAAUUUGGGUAAA